CAGGGCUCGACGGGGGGUGGGGGUCUUGGGUCUGAGCUCGAUGGCAUAGGGGGGUCGGGGUCGAGGCUCGACCAUUUUCAGAAGGGAAAGGACUCCAAGAAACUGGCAAUGAAAAAAAAUGAAAGCUUUACUUUGGUUUUACUUUUCUUAUGUUAUUCUUUCUGUUUGUGUGAGUUGAGUUUUUUUUUUUAAGAAAUUCUUAGAACUCUAUUACGAUAUUACCCAGAAAAUUUUCGAUUAAGGUUGUCCCAUCCUGUUUUGUUGUCUCCGUAAGCUCAAAACUUGUGCUUGAUUUAUUCUGCGGUGAUAUAAUUUGGUGGAUUUGGGUUUACCUAUUUUAAUGUUUAUGUAUAUGCUCUGUUUUGAUAUGUCAAUUUUGAGUAGAAUAUACAAAACUUCUUGCCGAUUUUUCUUGUUUGUGCUCAUAACUUCGUUUAUUCUUUACAGGUAGUGGUUGAUUUCACUGCAUCAUGGUGAUGACCCUGCCGUGUUAUUGCCCCAAUCCUCACCGGCCUAAGAAGAAUUCAAGUGUCAUAUUCCUGAAAGUUGAUGUUGAUGAAUUGCAGGAUGUUGCUAAGGAGUGGGAAAUCGAGGCAAUGCCAACCCUUUUGUUCCUCAAAGAAGGGAAAAUUAUUGACAAGAUUGCGGGAGCUAAGAAGGAUGAGCUUAUUGAUAAAGUUGCAAAGCAUGCUGCUGUGGCUGCUGCUUGACUUUGAUUAGCGUUUUGGGGUUUUCAUCUGCAACCUCAAGUUCUCUAUUUAUUUUAGUUUUGGUUUAACUUUAUUGGUGUUUAUUCUGUAUUGUAGGCUAAAAUUCUACUGAUAUUUAAGAGAACCAAGACAACAAGAAAUUCUUCAAGUUGUUGGGUAUUAUUUUCUUUCUUGCUUGUUAGAAUUAUGUACAUUGAGGAUUUGAUGUAUUAUUUAUAUUGAGAAUAAUGAAUUUUUAUUGAGAAUUA